AUGACGGACGAAACAGAGAGCUCGUAUGCAAAUGAAGAUGAACUUGAGGUCAUUCAACCGUCACUAAAAGCAAAUUUGGACGCAGAAGGAACAAAACGAAAAGCAGAAUCGAUAGAGGAAUGGCUUGCGACGCAUUCUUUAUCGGAGUUUUGCUCAACGAUGCAGGCAUUUGGAAUCACAGAGGUGUCACAUUUGCAAGACGUUAAUACAGAAGGGGAUGCGCAAUCUGAAUUCGGAAUGUCAAGGUUUCAAGCCAGAAGACUUCUUCGAGCAUUCCAGGAAUGGAAGAGUCAGCAGGAAAAAGCUAUAAAGCGGCGACCGGUUGAUUCUUCGACCCACGAUGCUGGCUCGAGUUUUAAAUCUAACAACAAAUCAGUAGUUGUCACACUUCCGCCGGCAUUCCAAGGAUACUUCGGCACCCGAGACGGGGGGAAAAGCAUCAUUGUCAACUGUGCAAUGUUGAAAAAGAAGUGGACUUCUUUAUGGUAA